CACACCCAGUGAGGUAUCGCUCUCCAGAUCUGUCGACGAGGCGGGCUGUUACAGCACCUGCACAACUGCAGCACCGAAGCGUUUCGAGUGCCAAGCCGCAGCCAAACGCUUUUCCCGAUCUGGAACCGCGAAUCCGGGCAACGAGAAGAACGAAGAAUUGCCGCGGAGAUCGAGAGCUCCUGCGAGUCCUGCUUUCCAUCCAGCUUCCCUCCAUCUGCUUCUUGUCCGGCAGAAUCUCCCCAUCAUGGCACCGGCUCAAUCCUGGAGGAGCGCCGCGAGGACUCUCUCCUGGACCCGAGUCCUUCCUCCACGGGCGCGACAAGGGGCCCUGCUGCGUCGCGGAUGGCAGACCAGAUGCGUCCAGAUUCGCGCGGCGCCCGCGGAGCAGCCAUCUACGGUCAAUGGCGACCAUCUCCCGGUCUCCAGCACUCCGAGCUCUGCUCAAUCCGCUGAUGCGCGAUUCGAUGUCAUCGGUGCGCCGUACUCUCUACUCUCGGUGUCGCUUUCCGCCUCGCAGAAUCUCUACACUCGCCGGGGCACGCUGGUCGGAUUGAGUGGGAAGGCGGACAAUGUGGUCUCGACAUUGAGUGUGCUAGAACCCUUCCGAAGGGCUGUCGUGGGCGUGCCAUUUCUCUAUCAGAAGGUGUCCUCCGCAAGUCCGGUGACUGCCCUGGUCUCCGUUCGUUCUCCUAAUACGUCCUUUGCUGUUGUGCACCUCAAUGGCUCUGUGGACUGGAUGGUGGCUCAAAGACGGGCGCUACUCGCAUGGUCUGGUCGUGCUCUCUCCAUCCGACCGACUAUCAACACAAGCCUGAGCCUUGCCCACUGGGGUAGCUCCGAGGUCACAGGACGAGGAUUGUUAGCGUUGGUUGGCAACGGACAACUAUACUCUGUUGAGCUUAAGGCUGGGGAGCAAUACGUUGUUCAUCCGAGCAAUGUCGUUGCCUACUCCAUGGCGUCUAGUCCCCCGCGCCCUUACCGCUUCAAGUCUACGAGCUUGAAGUUCCAGGUCCCAGGCCUUAAGGGUCUCCAGGGCCUGCCGACUUUCAUUCAGAACUCCAAAUUCAUCCAGGACAUGUCGGCAUCAAAAACAUGGAAGACGACGAUGAAUAUUGUCCACAAGCUCCGGACAUGGUCUCGGAUGACUAUCUGGGGAGAUAGGCUGUUCCUCCAAUUCGAGGGCCCGUCGACCAUUCUUCUUCAGACCCGCGGUCCUCGCAUCAACGAGAUCCUGAGCACGCAGGAAGUCAAUGAACUUGCUAGCGCACCCAGAGGAUUGACCAUUGGCCCGUCACAGCAUCCUGAGGGAAAGCGUGAACCCACAGCAGAGGGUGAAGAAAGAAAAGCGGCCGAGAAGGCUGUCAACGCCGCCCCUGGACCAUCAAGGUCGGUAGAAGCCUUGACCAAUGAGGUCAAGGGCGUCUCUCAGAGUAUUGCGAUCUUGACCAAGGAGGGCAAGGUGAUCUUUGAGAAGCCAGGGCAAACGAGCUAAGCUUCAGGUCUCUGUCCCUAGCGCUGCCUUUUUCACGCAUAGAUUCAAGAGCCACAUACCUGGGGAUGAUCUUUUCAUUGCAGGCUCAAUGUACUAUAGACAAUAGCUUGUGUCCGAUCACACCGACACUCCGG